UUGUUUUUUAGUUUACGUUUUGUGUGUCAGAAACAGACGUUCAAAAGGCAAGAAUGGAGAGCAGUGUCUUCAAGUGGGCGACGGGUCUCACGCGCCGCCACAAGGUGUUCAGUCACAGCGAGCCCUUGCAGCCGCAACAUUUUUUCAACCUGACGAGGGACAGUAACCUGCAGCCGAUACUCGCAUAUCUCGCUGGCCACGUCCGUCCCGCCGGGGAACGCAGGAGCAUCAGGCUCAACCUGAAGCAUGCGAGGCUCAGGGAAAAGCUGACGGGAGAUGAAGGAGAGGGGGCAUCAGCCACUGAGGAGAGACUGCGACUAAAAGCCUCCAUUGUAGACGCUGGCGUUGAUAUUUCAGUGGAAAGGACGGAAAUUCAGCAACUCAAUCAGAGAAAUGAGGAGCUGCGCCAGAGAGAGGUCGAAGUGCGCCGCAGGAUCACUCUACUGAAGGUGGCCCAGGAGGAGCGGGAGAAGGAGAUCGAGCAUUGCCUACUGUGGCGGUCUCAGCUCUCUCUUUUAAUGGAAGAUUUGCCUUGUUCUGAAGAAGGGCGGUCUCUUUUCGAUAUGAACCUGCAGAAACAAUUGCAAGCAAAUUUGUUGCAAUUAGAAGAACUCCGUCGCUCCAUCAUCACAGGGUAUCUGAGCUCCCCGGAUCGCAUCCAUGAGGAAAAGUUAAAUGUUUGGGAACUUGUUGAAGAAACAAUGGCAAGGUGGGAGCCCAGAAUGCUGCAAGAGGCUUUGCUUAGUAAUACACGGGAGGCGACGAGAAAUCUGCACAGCCAAGUCCAGAACAUUGACCUGAUGAAAGAUGCACAGAUCCUGAGAUUGAAAUGCGAGAAGGACGGCACAUUCAUCGAUGAUAUCAACCCUGGCGGUCUGAUUGAGUCUGCGCGCGAACUUUAUGUCAAGCUUUAUGUUGAAGCUGACCAGGCUGACCGAGCGGCGAGGUCUCUGUCACGAGCUCUCAAGAGCCUUCAUAAUAAUAUAGUUGCUGCUGCAGAGAAAACCUAUGUAGAAGAUGGGGUUGCCGCUGCUGUAAUCAAUGUUGUGAACGAGAGCAUCAGUGUAUCUGGCGAGAGAGCCGCUGUCCACUGUGCCGAGCAGCUGACCCUGUCCAUGCAGGAAAGAAGCGAGACUGCAGCGAAGGCCAGGGACACGCUGAGGGCCAAACACGCACAGAUCACCAGCUUCAAUAAGGAAGUCCAAGACAGAGUCGAGAGUAUCCAGUGCCUAGCCAUGUGCGUGGUGGACGGCUUACAGAUGAUCAAGGAACAACGGAGAGAUAUACAAGCCACAGUUAACAAGGCAAUUGGGGCCAUGGCAUACCCCACGCCUGUUUCGAGAAAUUGCCUGGGGGAGGAGAGCCAAGCGUUCCUAGCAGUGCCACUAAGUCAGCUCCUCACUACUAAAAUGGGAGAGUACGGGUUGCAGAAGAAGGCGGAUCUGUCCACGACCCCCUUAGUAUGGCACGAGCAUUCCGUGAACCAGGCAGGUUGGGAGGCUAUGUGGCGUCUCUGUAGCGCUUUGCUGUCGUGGGAGGGAGUGUUUGGCGAGGUCUGUGACAAGCAGAAUCAGGCGGCGUGUAUCCACAAGCAGAUGGAUCACUUCGCUUUCACUAAGGUAGCGAUGCAAAACUCCAGGAGAGAUGGAGAUACUCUGACUAUGCAGAUUAUGAGAGAGUUGACAGAGCGAGUCGAAGCGAGUGACAGCCUUUUGGAAGGAGAGAUAACUGCACAGACGUCUAAGUGUGAGAGGCAGGUAACCCAGGGUAUGCAGCUCAUUGCCAAGGUUAACAGACUUUUCUCAGAAUGGUGGGAGCAGCCAGCCAAAUGCAUUACUAUGUUAUAAGAAUAAGCACGUAUACUGAACUUUUUUGCCAUAUGCAAAUUUUCUUAUAUUAUUAUUAUUAUUUUUGUUGUUGUUGUUUGAAGGAAAUCCAAGUGUGAUUUGCUUGAAAUAUAUUUCUUGUUGUUAUUGUUUUGUAUAUAUUCUGUUGGUCAAAUGACACAAAAUAAAUGGUUGAUUUCAAAUGU